UUCUUUAGUAAGUUACGUAAACAAAAAAACAAAAACAAAAAUCAUCAUGAACACAACGUCGUCUAAUUGUUAUUGGUUAAUAUUCGUAUUUUUAUUUAAUAUUAUUCUAAAUGUUAAUUCAUACGCAACUUAUAAUAACGGUCGUUAUACCGUUAAUUAUUCAUCUGGCUCAGAUUCACCACGGAAGUUAUGUGGAGCCGCAUUAACUAACGCUUUAAUGGCUGUAUGUCAAGGAUUUACAAAUGGACGUGAUAAGAAAUUUGAUUCAUUAUUAGAACAUAUUAUGGAAUAUGAUAAUCAGGAAGAGGAUUAUAAUGCAAUUAUUUCACCAAAUCAGGAACAACAACAACAGCACUUAUAUAUGCCGAAUCUAUUAAAUUCGUUAAUGGAUAAUGGAAGGCCUAAACGACAAGGUAUCGUUGAAGAAUGUUGUCAUAAUCCAUGUUCUAAGAGACAUUUACGUGCUUAUUGUUUGUAAGAGAUUUAAACAGUGUGUUUAAAAUCAGAGAGAAUUGAAGAGUGGAAAUUGUUCAUAUACUUCGUAGUAAACACUGUCGCAGUAUAUGUGGUUUUUUUUCAAGAAGAAUAUUAUUUGAGCCUAUGAUAUCCUAGAGAUUAACUUUCUACUCUUCCUAUUC